UCCAGCUACAUUGCGUACGUCACCCUUUCCCCCUUUCGUCACCGCCCAUUCUUUCCUUAGGGACACGCCCACUGUAUUCCUUUGUGGAGAGCGGGACUAGAAGGUUCUGUUGGAGUGCGCUAUAGGCUAUUGACUUGCUUUGCUUUGAUCCGUGCGAUAAUGUCAAACUUCAACAAGGGACCAGCCUACGGCCUCUCGGCUGAGGUGAAAAACAAGAUUGCACAGAAAUAUGACCCUCAAAUGGAAGAUGAGCUGCGUCUUUGGAUAGAAGAAGUGACUGGCAUGAUAAUUGGUGAAAACUUCCAGCAAGGUUUGCGAGAUGGUGUCAUUCUCUGCAAUCUCAUAAAUAAACUGCAGCCUGGAUCAAUCAGGAAGAUUAAUGAAGCAAAAUUAAACUGGCAUAAGCUGGAGAACAUUGGAAACUUUAUUAAGUCAAUGCAAGAGUAUGGUAUGAAGCCUCAUGAUAUUUUUGAAGCCAAUGACCUGUUUGAGAGUGGAAACAUGACCCAGGUUCAAACCUCUUUGGCGUCUUUGGCUGGCUUGGCAAAGACAAAAGGAUUUCAUACAUCAGUGGACAUCGGGGUCAAAUAUGCUGAAAAACAGAAAAGACAGUUUGGAGACGAAAAGCUGAAAGCUGGCCAAAAUGUAAUUGGCUUACAGAUGGGAACAAACAAAUGUGCAAGUCAGGCUGGUAUGACGGCCUAUGGGACCAGAAGGCACCUUUAUGACCCAAAAAUGCAAACUGAUAAACCAUUUGACCAGACUACAAUAAGCCUACAGAUGGGAACAAACAAAGGAGCUAGCCAGGCUGGCAUGUCUGCCCCAGGAACAAGAAGAGAUAUUUUCGAUCAGAAAGCAGUAUCACAACCAGUGGACAACUCUACUAUUUCACUGCAAAUGGGAACCAAUAAAGUUGCCUCUCAAAAAGGAAUGAGCGUCUAUGGCCUUGGGCGGCAAGUGUAUGAUCCAAAGUAUUGCGCUGCCCCCACAGAACCAAUCAUUCAUAAUGGAAGUCAAGGAACCGGAACAAAUGGAUCUGAAAUCAGUGAUAGUGAUUACCAGGCUGAGUAUCCCGAUGAAUAUCAGGGAGAAUACCCUGAUGACUAUCCUAGGGAUUACCAUGGCCAGUACAGUGACCAGGGAAUAGAUUAUUAGAUGUAUACAAUGUAUUCAGUAUUAGUUCCUUAUUUUAUUCAAUGAAAGCCAAGCUAGCCUUGUGUAAUUUACUUGUCUUCCUUAAACACUACUAUGCUUUAAUAACGAAACAAUUUGCCUUAUGUACAUUCCUUUUACACCUUUUAUCUCGGUUGCCUUUUAGUGCUGAGAUGGAUCUUAAUCUACAGCCUUACCAGUAGUUUCAUAUGAAGUAAACAAAGGAAUACUGUGAAUAAUGAAGGGAGCAUUUGUACAGUGAGUUGUUUUCCAGGAUUAUGCACCUGUGCUAUACAUAUCAUGCAAUGCAUAAUAGGACCAGAGCAGAGUCAUCCCCCCACCUGUUUUUAUAAUGUACAUCAAUUGUAACUGAUAAUAAUGGCAUAGCAAUAUAACUUGUAGCUGUGUAAGUCUUUGAUUACAUAUUAAUUUUCUGAUAUAAAUCUGUCUGUAGAAUCACUUGCAGCAAAGCAGGACUAAAAGCACAUGUGUAAGAUAUAGUUUUUGUUGCUAUAGGAUAUUGACAUCCUUUAACCCACCUUUAGCAAUACUGGGACAAAAACCUAUUUCUCUGGCAAAAUUAACCCUUACCCUACAGAACUGGAAAUUGUUUUAGCACCCAAAACAUUUCUCCAUUCUUUUGGUGACCAAUAUAUAUUGAGAUAGAGCAGAGGUGCCAAACUGAUUCAUUAAUUACUGAUUAAUUCAGAGAUCUAUAUAUUUAAAUUGAAAGCAGGUACAAAUGGCAGAACUCAUUGAGGCAUCAUUUGAACUUUGCAUUUGUUCUUCUAUUAUCAUUUCUAAAAGAAAAAUCUAGUCUAUUUUUUAUGCCUAAAUUUAGAACUGACUCCAUCAAGAUUAUACGGGUGACUACAAUAACUAUGGUUCUUUCACCAGUACCUCUUUAGUCUCAGAGGCACAUUUAUUAAAGGUUGAAUUUCGAAUUCAUGUGAAUUUUUUUUAACUCUAUUAAAUUUUAAUGUACUCGUAAUACGAUUGGGGGGUUAUUUA